AUGGUUGCCAAGUUUCUUCAGACUUUGACAAGACCUGUGGACCCACCACUAAAAUCUAACUACGCGUGCAUCAUGGGUAAGAAACCAUUGAGGAAGGCGUCAAUCGAGAAGGACCUCAAGCUGAAAAUAGUGUUGGUUACUUAUUAUGCACCGGCACCGAAAGUCUUCGCGAACCACGGGACAUGCCUUCUCUCCAAUAAGUGGCUCACGGCCGCGAUGGUCACCAUACUGGCCGCCUUAUCCCUCUUCUUGUCCUUCACCGACAGCAUCGUUGGCCGUGACCGCAAGCUCUACUACGGCGUGGCCACGCUACACGGCUUCAACGUGUUCAGCUUCUCCGGGGACGAGAAGAGGGAGUGGGCGCUCGGUGAGCUCCAGAGGCUGCGCCUCCGGCCGUUGAACUACGUACACGCCUUCUUCACUGCCGUGGUGUUCCUCACCGUGGCAUUCAGCGACGCAGGGCUGCAGAGGUGCUUCUUCCCCAGCGCUAGUCCCAACACCAAGGAGCUGCUGACAAACCUGCCGCUGGGGAUGGCGUUCCUGUCGAGCUUUUUGUUCAUGAUCUUCCCAUCGAAAAGGAAGGGCAUCGGAUACAACGACACCACUCCUUACCAGAAGGCCGCAUGAGGUCACUUAGAACAUGAGACCCGGGACUUUAGUUAUGAUUACUUGUAUUGGUUAUUUGGUUACCUUGUUCGUGGCAAAAUUGUAGGUCAUAUCCUUGUAUAUGGGCUGAUGGAUGUAGUGAUUCUUUUAGUAUAUAAACAGGUGGAAGAAAUGGAGGCUAUAAGGACCAUAUAUACGGUCGAAUUAAGUGGUC